CAUGUACUACGCAAUCCAGAAGUGCCUUCGAAGCGAAGAAGGAUCAAAGGAAGAAAAGGGGGCAUUGUGCUGUUGGAUGUUUCUGGUUAAAGAACCUCAGUUGUAGAUUUGGAAUUUGAAAUGUGUUCUCAUUGUAUUUUCAGUUAUUUGAAUUUGUUUGCCCAGCAUCUAACUACAACAGGGAAGAGAAUCUUUGCUAAAUAGAAAGAUUUUAUGGCCUUAACUAUGGUAAUAAAUGAGUUGUGGUCAGGAGGGGAUGACACCUGGAUCUAAAGCCAGAGCUCUACUGUAAGGCGAUGGGAGCCAGUGUUGGAUGCACUUAGGCAGAGCAAGCUUGGAGUUGCCCAGAGGUAAUACAGGUGUUGUGUGGUGCUCCUGCCUGAGGCAGGGAAAGCUAAAUGGUGUCAGUCAAGCACUGAGACAGGUACACAGGCUGGGGUUGUUGAGGUACCAGUGGACAGGAGCCCUUUGGCACUUAAGGAGCAGAACAUCUGGCAGUGCAGUAACCGUGCUAGGGAGGGAGAGGCCUUCCUCUUCAGUGGUUCUCUGGAUAAAGUAACUAAGUUGGAGUGUAUGAAUAAGCUGGCUUAAGAAUGGAAUAUGUCUUGACAAAUUCUCAUGUAAAGUCUCCCUACAUUGAAAUGCUUAUUUUUAAUCAAAUGUAGCUGGUUUGGGCAUCCUGUUCUUUUCCAGCAUCCUCCCUUCUCUAGAGUCUGAAACGUUUCCCAACUCCUGCCCUCUCGGAACUGCUUCCUCUUCCCUCAUAACUUGAAGUAUUGUUUUACAGCCCAGAACGAGACUUCGCCAGUAGCAGCUCCUCCCAAGCUAGCGAAUUUUAGCCAUAGCUGUUUUUUUUGUUACUGAACCCAAAUAAAACUGCACAAACUCGCUCCUCCUCCGCCGCCGUUCCCUCACCGCGCGCGGGUCCUCCCGGCCGCAAGGGGGCGCCGCGCCAGCGCCGCGGGGUUCGCUCUGCCCCGCCCCUUCCGCCUCCUCUGCCGCCGCCAUCGCCGGGAGGCCGCUCCUCUCCGCGCCAUGUCGUCCCACAAGACGUUCAAGAUCAAGCGCUUCCUCGCCAAGAAGCAGAAGCAGAACCGGCCCAUCCCUCAGUGGAUCCGCAUGAAAACCGGCAAUAAGAUCAGGUACAACUCCAAAAGGAGACACUGGAGGAGGACCAAGCUGGGCUUGUAAGGGAGACUGUCCUGGGAGCUCUAAUGAACACUGGUCUUUCUGCAUCAGAUUGAUACACCCUCAAGUCAUUCCUUCUGUGGUGCUGGACUGCACUCCCCAGUGUGGGGUUUUUAUAAGCUGGUCUGGGACAUUGAUGUUAACUGGGAAGAUCUUUUCUUGCAUCUGAAACGUGGAGACUGUGUUCUAUUAGCGUUCUUUCUUUCAGGCAUCGCCAUGAGCAUUGACAGUGCACGGGCUUACUAAUAAAUAUGGACCUGAA